AUGGCUGAGCAGCUGACAGAGGAACAGAUUGCUGAGUUUAAAGAGGCAUUCAGUCUUUUUGAUAAAGAUGGGGACGGAACAAUUACUACAAAAGAGCUGGGCACUGUCAUGCGAUCAUUGGGGCAGAACCCAACAGAAGCUGAGUUACAAGACAUGAUCAACGAAGUUGAUGCAGAUGGAAAUGGCACCAUUGACUUCCCUGAGUUCUUGACUAUGAUGGCGCGCAAGAUGAAGGACACGGACACGGCCUCUGAACUCCAAGAGGCAUUUAAAGUGUUCGACAAGGACGGCAAUGGGUUCAUCUCGGCUGCGGAGUUACGACAUGUGAUGACCAACCUGGGGGAGAAGUUGACGGACGAGGAGGUCGAUGAGAUGAUCCGGGAGGCAGAUAUCGAUGGAGAUGGGAUGGUGAAUUAUGAAGAAUUCGCCAAAAUGAUGCUAAGUAAAUAG